GGAUGAGAGCACGCCCAGAAAAAUGUAUAUCUGCCUUUCCGGAACUGUGACCCGUUUGCACAGCAUAGCUCUGCUAUUGGUGUGACUUUUUUCUGGAAAGCAGUGGGUGAACUUUGUGCAUAUUUAAAGGCAUGACUUAACCCAGUGACCACGCAGCUUUCACUGAGAGGAAAAAGAAGCUACCCCAGAGCAUUCUGCAUGUGGGAAUAUCUUUUUUGCAGAGAAAAUGGGCCAGAAAUUAUCACAGGAACAUAACGAGAAGAACAAGGCUGACGUUCUCAUUAUAAACGAGGUGUUCAGCCAAGGAGUGGUCCAUGCAUCUCAAAAACUGAAAGAAUACCUUGGAUUUGAAGAUCCUCAGAGCAAAUUCCGCCCAGCCAUGGAUACUUUAAAUGAGAUCUUUUUGGUUAACUUCAUCGGUUUCUGUAUUGAAAAAGGAGUGGAGGAGCGUAUCAUGACCAGCAAGAUGACAAAGCAACAGUCUUUGCUGCUUGGGAUUGACUGGAUCUGGACUUUAUCUGGAGCCGACAAACAAAUCAAUCUUCAGAUUGCCGUGCAGUCUUUGCAGAUGGCUGAGCUCCUCCACGAUGAAACUGGGCCCAGCAAGGAAGCCACGUUAGCAGGCCAGCCUUUCAAAAACAAAAGCAGGUUUGAGCAGCUGAAAGAGUUCUGCACGCUGGUGGGACAAGACUGCCUGGGCCUCUUUAUAAUGUUUGGAGUGCCAGGGAAGCCUAAGGAUAUCAGAGGAGUCAUGCUAGACAGCAUCAACAAGGAGAAACGAAAAAAUCACCUGUCAGGCGAGAAUGCUCUAAGGCAGUUCGUCUUGAACACUGAUAGCUUCCUCUCCACAAAAGAAAUGCUUGAAAACUGCCUCUGUAAGAAAAAUGGGCUCAAGGAGGUGGGCAAGGUGUACAUUAACUUUCUUUAAACUCCUGGUUAAUGGUAAAAGGGCUGUUUAGCCUAUCACCAAAGAAUAUCCAGUACUGGUCUUUCAAUCAUCUAGUUACUUAGUCCAGGCAGUUGAUUUUUAUAGGACCCAAGAUGAUUAACUCUAAUUUUUAAAUCAACACUAUAUGCAUUCCAGAAAAUGUGUGUGCGCCUGAGGCUUAAUUUUAAAAAUAAUCUGUUCUUCAAAACUUUAAUAUUCAACACCAAAACCUUUGAAAGAUCUUUUGAAAGAGUUUUUACUACAUUUACCUAGAGAGCGUGGGCACUUCUUAAACAGAAAGUUGCUAUGAAGACCUUUUUUUUUUUUAAUUUGGAAUGAGAGAGAAGGACAAUGAUGCUAUGAUUUUAUAAUGCUGAGUGUAAAAUCUAAGUUGUUUCAUUAUUGCAUUAUUCAUUCUGAUUUGGCAUAGAUAUAGAUUGAAUGAUUGCAAGAAGCUUUCCUAUAUGUAACUCUUUUCACUAGUAAAUAGUACUCUGUUAAUCAUUUAUUAUUGUAUUGCUGUAAUGCCUAGAAGUCCCAAAUGAAUUUGGAAUCAUACCUUGUAGAAAACACCUAGUAAAAGACAAAAUCCCAGCCCCCAAAAUCACUAAAUAGACGAGGCAGAUGAAGUGGGGGGAGGUAGGAUUGAAAGAAAGUAUCACUAUUUGGUUAAAGGAAAAUGAUCUUGCAGAGUAUUUUAAAGACUAAAAAUAGGGGUGAAAUCUUGGCUUGAGUGAAGUCCAUGGGAGUUUUGCCAUGGACUUCAAUGGCAAUAGAAUUUCACGCUGUCUUGUACUUGAAGUUAAAUCCCCCAUGUAUUACAUAUGCUCUCUCUGUGCUUUUAAGAGGUACAAAUAUUUCACAGAGAUUUAUUCUUUUCAACAUUUUAGGAUUUAGUCAUGCUCCAUCGUCAGCCACAUUCUUCCUUUUCCCACCCUUCUCCCUGCCUAGUUAGCAACAUGUGAGUUUCAGGUUGUAUAAUCCCAAAAACUUUCUUUCAAGGGAAAGCAAAUAGUGAUUAUGUGUAUAAGAAGAAUUUACAAAUUCACUGUGUGGUCACAAAUUAAAUGACUUUGAUUACUUGCGGGUGAUACUUUAAACCAGCUUACACCUUGAAGAGACUUUACAUUUUAUACGUGUGGAUAUUUAACUUUUGGGAUAUGAAGCUCCUUUUC